AAAGGAUUCAAACUGAACCAUCCUGGCAAAUAGGCGGCGUGGGUUUGCCCGCCUCCCGCUUGGCCCCGCCCCGGUGCAGCAGCAGCAGCAGUAGCAGCGACGAGCGCAGGUCUCCUCCGCUCAGCGCCAGGCCAGGCGGAGCCGGAAGCCGGCGAAGACUGAGCCAGCAACUGCGGGAAGGCAGGCAGUGGCAGUCGUGGUGGCGGCAGUGGCUCCUCCAUGGCGCUGAACCUGAGCAAAAAUGGGCCGGCGCUGCAGGAGGCCUACGGCCGGGUCGUGGCCUCGACGAGCCCGACUGACUGGGCUCUAUUUACCUAUGAAGGUAACAGCAAUGACCUAAGAGUGGCUGGUACUGGAGAUGGUGGUCUGGAAGAGAUGGUGGAAGAACUCAACAGUGGGAAAGUGAUGUAUGCUUUCUGCAGGGUGAAAGACCCCAACUCCGGUUUGCCCAAAUAUGUACUUGUCAAUUGGACUGGCGAAGGUGUUAACGACGUGAGAAAGGGAGCCUGUGCCAACCAUGUCAGCACUGUAGCAAACUUUUUAAAGGGUGCUCAUGUGACUAUAAAUGCUCGGGCUGAGGAGGAUGUGGAACCUGAAGUUAUAAUGGAGAAAGUGGCCAAGGCUUCAGGAGCAAACUACAACUUUCACAAAGAAGGCAGCAAGUUUCAGGAUGCAGGUCCUCAGGCUCCAGUGGGAUCUGUCUACCAGAAAACAAAUGCCCUGUCUGAGAUUAAGAGAGUUAGUAAAGAUAACUUCUGGGCCAAAGCAGAGAAAGAUGAGGAGAAUCGCCGACUAGAAGAGAAAAGAAAAGCAGAAGAAGAGCGUCAACGUCUAGAAAAAGAACGGCGAGAACGUGACUUACAGGAAGCAGCUUUACGUGAGCGUAGAUUUAAGGAGCGAGCCAAUGAAAUUGAUGCUCAGAAGAGAUUCCAACAACAGCAGGAAACUGAGUCAAGAGAUAAAGAGAAACAACAAUGGAAGGAGCAGGAAGAAGAACACAACAGAUUGCAGAAAAGUUUCCGAAGGAGUGAGUCAGUGGAGAAAGCCCAGGAAGCAGCAUCACUGAUAGCGCAAAGAUCGGUGAAUCCCCGGGAAAUAUUCAAGCAAAGGGAACGAUCAAUGUCCACAGAAGCAGCAGCCAUCAAUUCUCAGCCAGGCAAGUUGCGGAGCCCUUUCCUGCAGCAGAACAGUCAAACAGAAACUCCUGUGUCCCCUGUCCGUCCUGCUGUGCAAGAUGUUCACCCUCCUCCUGUUGUUCAUUCGUCUGUGCAUGACACACCUCCAGUCUCUCCUGUUCCUGAACCUGGUGAUUCAAUAAGGCAGGACAAUUACAAAUCGGCCCCACCUGUCUUCCAACCAGAGGUGGAACAAGACACUGUGUAUGAAGAACCCCCGAAUGAACGAGUUAUCUAUGACGAGCCCCCUCAGGAACAGCCUGAAGAUGUUAAUUAUGAAUAUGCUGAGAACUACCAGCAGAACCUUAACCUGGAAGGAAAAGGUUUAUGUGCUCGAGCUCUAUAUGACUAUCAAGCUGCUGAUGACACAGAGAUCUCAUUUGACCCUGAGAACAUUAUCACUAGCAUUGAAAUGAUUGAUGAGGGCUGGUGGCGUGGUUACGGUCCAGAUGGACACUUUGGGAUGUUCCCUGCCAAUUACGUGGAACUCAUUGAAUAGCCAGCCAGCCUACACCAGAGGAAGAAUGCAAGCAAUACCCGAAAAGAAGAGCUCCAUCCGAUCUGAUUCUUCAAGGUGAAAUUGUAUGGCUUAUAAGAGUGAAGUGCCAUUGCUCUGCUCCCUUGUUGCUGGAGCAACAUCCACAGCUGCCUGGUGAAGCAGAACUUUUCCUUUGCCGCCUUUUUGUUUUCCAUAACUGAUGUUUACAGUUGAAGAUAGGAAAUCAAUCUUGGCAGUGAAUAACACUUCAGUUUUUUGAGGGGUAGGGAAUCAUUUGAGGAUAAAGGCAUUAGCCAAAAAAAAUAGUCUCCAGACAUACUCUCUGGCCAUCAUUAUGGGUAUUUAGAAGAUAAGAAAAGGCCUAAUAGCAGAAACAGCGGAGCUUAUAGUACGAACCACUUCCUUAUUCCAUGUGUUGCAUCUUCCAAAGUAGCACAGGGGAAGAUCUUGAAAAAUGCCUAUGUGACUUAGUAGCCUGUUUGUAAUUUAUCACUGAGAUUUGGGUUGCAAUCUGCAGCCUGGUUAUUCCAGAUCACUUUAAUUGAUUGCAAGUUUACAAACUUUUGAGAGAUGCAGUCCAAGACAAACUCUGUGGAAAUGAUUGAAUUGUACAACAGCUCUGCUGGGUUUCUUGUGCAUUUCCCUUCCAUUUCAACAGAAUAAUCAGUCCAUGGAAUAAGAUUGCACCCUUAGACUUCUCUACAGCUUGUGUGAGGACUGAGUUUGUCUGGCUUUUAAAUUUUAAUGUGUUUGUAGAAGUUUUCUCCUUUUGAUUGCAAGAAAGAACCUCACAAUAUAGUAUCUUCAGAUAUUACAUUGGAUAUAAAUGCCAUCAGUGCCGGCAGUAAUUUAAUGCCCUGGAAGCUGUAUGAGCUUUGAACUGUGGUAUACACUGAUCUAAACUAUAAUGCUGUAUGCGUGUGAAUGCGUGUGUGGGGUGUGUUGAGUGAUUCAAUUAAUAUAAGAGGACCUUGAUUUCUGCAUUAUCUUUUCUGGGUUUUAAAAAGCCUUUUAUAGCAUUGAGAUAGGGUUUGGAUACAACCCCCUCCAAUAAUUAAGUAUAAUAGAAUAUAAAUAAUCUUCUGGCAGCCAAACACAGGAAUUAAUGUCAAAUUUGUGUGACACUUUGAAUCACUCUGAUUGGCAUCCACUAACUGUAUUAACUUAGCAAUGGCAUUUGUGGUGCACAUGUGGAUUCAAAUCCGAUAUUUUAAAUAGGUUCUGUCAGAUUCUCUAACUAGUACCUCUUCUUCAUAGUGAACUAACCACAGGUGUAGUUUGCAAUUUUAAAUUAGCUAAUUCUUUUUCACAUUCCUUUUUUCGUCUCUCCGAAGGCAGCUUGGAUGAGAUUCUCAAGAAACUUUCAGAACAUUUCCUAUGUGGAGACUUGGCAUGGGGAGUGGAUUUUUAUAAAGGGAGAAUCUUGCAAUUUGUUUGAGAGGCUGAAUAAAUGGUCUUGCCAGGUUGAAUUACAUUAUCCCUUGCCUUAUGCAUAAUGUGAUGAUUAUUAUGGAAAUAAGAGUCCCUGACACAGCUCUUUGAUAACCUCAUCCAACCUAGUUUCCCUUUAAUGGCAAAUAAGAAAAUGAUGUUUGUAUAAGAUAAUAAUCCAUUUUCAGAAAUCGUUUCAUUACCACACAUUCCUUCUUUCUUUCCCAAUCUGAGAAGCGAAAUCUAAAGUAUUUGUUGUGUUCCGUUUCUAAAUCUGGUUGCUGUGCUAUCCUUUCUGCUCCAACUGCACUGAUUUCCAGAUGUACUGUGAACCUUUCAAAAGCACUUUCCAUGCUAACCCGCAAUAUAAUUAAAAAUCAAUAUGGGACCUCCCUCCCCCAUGAAUGGAUUUUUAUCCUAUGUAGUGUUUUGUUUUGUGUUUUAAAUUCCAUCUUUCCUUUCAGGAACAAUAAAAGAAUUUCUGCUCAGAGACAGUUGUAGCAGGCCAGCAGCUGCUUCAUAGGGAUUCUUGAGUGUUUGUUUUUAUUAGACUUGUCAACGAUCAUGCAGAAUCAUUGCUGUUUACUCCAUCUCCUGUUUUUGUCAGCCUUCUUCAAUGCACAGAAGUUUGAGGUGGAAAAAAGCUUGUAUCAGGAUGAUCUGAAUAAUUAAAAAAUAAAGUGAAUAAAAUAA